AUGGCUCGUCCAUCGACUGCACAAAAGAGACUUCUUAAAGAAUUCAAGGAGCUUUUAAACGAACCCACAGAGGGAAUUAUAGCGGGUCCCGUUUGUGAAGACAAUCUAUUCAUAUGGAAUUGCCUCUUAGUGGGACCAUCUGGAACCCCCUACGAGUAUGGAAUAUUUAGAGCUACCAUGAAAUUUCCAAAAGAUUAUCCUUUAUCUCCACCGAAGAUGAAAUUCGACACCCCAAUCUUACAUCCCAAUAUCUAUAAAGACGGUACAGUCUGUAUAUCAAUCCUCCAUCCUCCAGGAGAUGAUCCCAUGAUGUAUGAAUCUGCAGACGAGCGUUGGGGACCUCUACAGAGUAUAGAGAAGAUCUUACUUAGUGUAUGCUCGAUGCUGGCUGAACCAAAUCCCAACUCGCCUGCCAACGUUGAUGCCGCAAAGCUUUGGAGAGAUAACAGAGACACAUUUAAUGAGAUAGUUAGAGGCCAAGUGGUCAAAACCUUAGUUAACUGCUGA